UCAAACCACCACUUUUCAUGAUUGUGAAACUUUCACUACAAUGGAGUUAAAUUCCGGAGCCCCUGCAGGUUGCGGGUUGGUAUUGCAGCGCGCCAAGAACAGAGGGCGGGGCGUCACACUGGAAAGGCUGUUGCUGAGUUACCGGGAAGACUGACAGCGACCGAGACUUCCGGCAUGGGCAUUGGAGAGAGCGAGAAGGGAACAGAAGCUGAAGCUCAUAGCAGGAGCCACAAUGGCGACUGUGCUCUCCUAACAACAGGGGCAGUGGGUGUUCUUAUAUCCGCAAACAUCGCCCUAAAUACAGGCCUGGUUGAUAUCCAGGGCCACUAAAAAUAAACUGGAUCAUCUUUUGCACAUGAAUAUAGUAUAAUUUCUGACCAAUACAAAAUAUAAAGAGAUAAAAUUGUAUAUUAAACGAACAUGUAAACAGAACCAACCGGGUCAAGUUUUCAUUUUCAGUUCUGCGAAACAAUAUUGCCCAUUCAUCAUGGACUAUACUUGUUUCCGAACUCAGACCGUAAACUGAAGGAAUUAAACACCUUCCCUAAAGCCUGGCACCGGGCUAAAGGUAGCUAAAAGAAAACAGUAUUUUUUCCUGUUCGUUUUUACGAAACUCUGCUAGCUACACCGCACGAACUGGCUAACCAAACAAACGGGGAAACCGAGCACAAUGCUCCGACUUAUUGUUUGAGCUUUUGUAAUCGGCUGUUAAAUUUAGUUAUAUGUUCGACCGUUCAUCAGAAAUCGUAUUUUUGUUUCUAUCUUCAUAUUUUUUUCCUCUGAAACGCAAAGGCAUGCAGCUGACCUGACUGGAAUUAACUCGGAUGAAGCAUAAGGACAGAUAACGUGGGGAGACUUGUUUUGUUUGCUUUAGCUAGCUAGCUACUAAUGUGAACAUUUUCAUGUUAAUUCUGCCGGAUUUUGGAGUACUAUUCUUCCGUUAAUGUAUUGUCUCGGCUACAGAGGCCCGCGUUUGGGAGAAGGACCGCUGCUGACGUGAGGAAUGCCUGGGUCAGACCGACACCAUGGGACCAAGAGAAAGCCGGAUCCCAGCGCCAGCGUUUCACUACUGCCGCAGACGGCGAGCGGUAACAGCGGGGCGUACCCCCCCUUGCUGCCGCCGCACUCUUCUGCGGGUAACAUGACCAGCAAGGACUGCAAGCUCCAGUCAAAGGCCUCCUCGUCUUCCUCGUCGAAGCGCAAACGGCACAAAUCAUCCAAGCACGGACGGGAAGGCUCAUCGCUGGGCCAGGCCUCUGCAUUUGCUACCCAGGACUCCCCGGCGCCUCCUGCUGUCAGCGCCAUCAAGCCGCUGGUCGAGUAUGACGACAUCAGCUCCGACUCCGACACGUUCUCGGACCCGCCAGCUGCCAGGCCCUCUGCAGAUCGGCGAGGAGGGGGGCUGGACAGAUUAAGUUCUGCCGGGGAUUACUGCAGGGACGACGGGGGCGGGGCUGCCGGAAGCAGGGAGGGCCGGGGGCACAAGCACCGGCACCCUCGCAAGAAGUCCAAGGACCCGCACAGGGCAAAGGACUCAGGUGAGGGAGGGGGAGGGGGAGAAGGCGGAGGUGGGACUUCAAAGAAAAAGAGCAACAGGGACAGAGAGAAGGGGAGUUCGGGAAAGAGUAAGGAGAAGGGAACCCCCGCUCCCUGCUUCGCCUCGGGCUCCAGGCGGCAGGGCCAGCAGGAGGGGGAUUUCGGGCCUAAGAGGGGCGAGCUGCCGGGCGGCCUGCAGGUGCAGCCGGAGGCCUCCGUCAGCAGCACGGCCUCCUCGUCCUCCUCCUCCCGCAGCAAGGAGGGGAGCGGCCGCUCGGGGAAGAGCCGCAAGGAGAAGCAGCAGCGCCGAGAGGGGAGGAGCUCCUCGCAACGCGACCGGGGGGAGAAGAGCCACCGCAAGGCCUCCAAGGGCUACAAGGCCAGCCCCAAGGGGAAGGCCUCGUCAUCGUCCCGGGGCAGCCCGCCCCGGGGAGGCAACGACAGCCCCGCCGCGGGCGGCGGCGGCGGCGGGGGCUACGGCCAGGAGGGCCCGGAGGGGGAGGACAGCUACCACCGGCGGCGCCGGGCGGCCCAGCACAGCCCCAGCCCGUACCGGGAGGCGUCGCGCCGCAGCCGCCAGCGGUCCGACAGCCCCUACGGCGGCCGCCAGCGCUCGUCCAGCUACGAGCACGACAGCAGCCCGUACUCCUCCUCCAGGAAGCGCUCAUCCGUCAGUCCCUACGGCAACCGCCGCUCCUCCAGCGCCAGCCCGGUGUCCAGGCGCUCGGCUCGAUCGCGAAGUCGUUCCCCGGUCACCUUCCCCUCCGCCUCGUCCCGCCGGCCCGCGUCGCGCUCCCGCGGCAAGAAGCACUCGUCCGGGGGCGGGGCCGGGGGCGGGGCGUCGCACAGCAGCCGGCCCUCCAGCCGCUCGCCCUCCUCGUCCCGCCUGCCGCUCAACUCCAGCCUGGGGGAGGAGCUCAGCCGCCGCAAGAAGGAGCGGCAGGCCGCCGUGGCCGCGGUGGCCGCCGCCGCCGUCGCCCGGGGCGCCUCCCCCUCCGCCGGCCCCGCCCCCGCCAAACGCCCCGCCCCCCGACCCCCCAAACCGGAGCCCGAGCCCCCCGACAGGGAGCCCGCCCCCCCGGCCUCGGAGCCCCCCCCGCCGCAGGCCGCGGCCUCCGCCGCCGCCCCCCGCUGGACAAUCCCCACCGGGACGGGAAGAGCACCCCCCCGCCCCCUUACCCGCCUUCUCCUCCCGGCUCCGCCGCCGCCCCCACCCAGCCGCCCACUUUCCCUCCCCCCUGCCCCCUCUCCCUUCUGCCCUGCUCCAGCCCCAGCCCCCCCUGCCCGAGCCCAGCCAGCCGGCCUCCAAUCACCCCUGGCCCCUUCCACCUCCUCCCAGCCCAAGUCCCCCGCCGCUCCUCCGGCGCGCAGCCCCGCCCGUCAGCUGCCCCCCAUGAAGACCUCCACCCUGCCCCCCCUGCCUCUGCCGCCUAUGCUGCUGGGAGACUGUCAGGACAGCCCAAAGAAGACGCCUCCCCACAGCAGGUCCCAGAAGAAGGAGAAGGAGGUGCGGACCCGACCCCUCCUGAGCGACCUGCCCUUGCCCCCCACGCUGGCCGGGGGAGACCCCUCCCCCCCUCAGUCCCCCGUGCACAGGGCCCCGCCCCCACCGCAGUCCAUCUACAAGAAGAGACCAAAGUUUUGCUGCCCGCGCUACGGGGAGCGCAAGCAGACGCAGAGCGACUGGGGCAAGCGCUGCGUGGACAAGUUCGACAUCAUCGGCAUCAUCGGAGAGGGCACCUACGGCCAGGUGUACAAAGCCAAGGACAAAGACACAGGUGAGCUGGUGGCCCUGAAGAAGGUGCGGCUGGACAACGAGAAGGAGGGCUUCCCCAUCACCGCCAUCCGCGAGAUCAAGAUCCUGCGGCAGCUCAACCACCGCAGCGUGGUCAACAUGAAGGAGAUCGUCACCGACAAGCAGGACGCCCUCGACUUCAAGAAGGACAAAGGCGCGUUCUACCUGGUGUUUGAGUACAUGGACCAUGACCUGAUGGGGCUCCUGGAGUCGGGCCUGGUCCAGUUUUCCCAUGAGCACGUGCGCAGCUUCAUGCGACAGCUGAUGGAGGGCCUGGACUACUGUCACAAGAAGAACUUCCUGCACAGGGACAUCAAGUGCUCCAACAUCCUGCUCAACAAUAGUGGACAUAUCAAGCUUGCGGACUUUGGCCUGGCCCGGCUGUACAACUCCGAGGAGAGGUAUCGUCUUUCCAGGUGCAUUCUGGGGGAACUCUUUACCAAGAAGCCAAUCUUCCAGGCCAAUCAGGAAUUGUUACAGCUGGAACUCAUUAGUCGGCUUUGUGGAAGCCCCUGCCCGGCCGCGUGGCCUGACGUCAUCAAGCUGCCGUACUUCAACACCAUGAAGCCCAAGAAGCAGUACCGCCGCCGCCUGAGGGAGGAGUUUGCCUUUCUGCCCUCCCACGCUCUGGACCUGCUGGACCGCAUGCUGACCCUUGACCCCGCGCGACGCUGCACCGCGGAGCAGGCUCUCCACAGCGACUUCCUGAGGGACGUGGAGCCCAGCAAGAUGGCCCCGCCCGACCUCCCUCACUGGCAGGACUGCCACGAGCUCUGGAGCAAGAGGCGUCGCCGCCAGCGCCUGAGCGGGCUGCCCGAGGAUGUGCCUGUGCCCAAAGUGCCCCGCAAGGACCCCACCGGGGCCCCCAGCAGCGACAACAGUCGCCCCCACGCCAGCCCGGCGGGGGCGCCCCCGCCGCCGCCGCCGCCCGGACGCCCGCCCCCCUCCGCCCUGCCGACCAAUGAGCUGGCAGGUCUGGGGGCGGCGGCGGAGCAGCUGAACCAGAGCGAGCUGGCCGUGCUGCUCAACCUGCUGCAGCGGCAGAGCGACAUCAGCCUGCCCCAGAUGGCCCAGCUGCUGAGCGUGGCCACCAACCCCGAGAGCCAGCGGCAGCUGGAGACGCUCAGCCAGUCGCUGUCCGCGCUCAGCGAGGCCUCCAACCCGCCGGCGCCGGAGGAGGAGGAGGACGAGGAGGCGGAGGAGGGGCCGGGGGAGGGGCCGGCCCGCCCGCCCCCCGAGCCCCCCGCCGAGCCCCAGCUCAGCCAGGAGGACCAGGCCAGCAUCCUGGCCCUGCUCCUGGGCCAGCUGAUCAAGCCGCCCGCCGAAGGGGCGGAGCAAGGCGACGAGAGCAACGGCGUCCAAUCGGAAGAGCCGGUCCCCCGAGGCCCCGCCUCCGCCGGCGACCGCAAGGGCAAGUCUGAGUUCAAAUGCAUACAUAUUGUGAGAGGGGUCCAUGUGUGUGUGUCUGACCUGUGUUUCUCUGCGCUUUCUCCCUCAGACGGUGCGGUCGGGCGGAGGAAGGCAGCUGUGAGCCAGGCACUCCAGCCUCCGGAGAGACGCCCCCCCUCCCCACCGGGGUCCCCUCCAGCGUCGGCCCCCUGCCCCCCCCAGCAGCAGCCGGUCCCUGAGCCCCACCUCACCCAGGACAUCAGCCCCGCCAUGGCUGCCGCCCUCCUCCAGCUCAUAUCCCAGCAGGAGGCGGAGCCUCGGGCCCAGGGGGAGGAGCCCCAGCAGGGCGGGAACGAGGACGCGGCUGAGGACUCUGGCGCGCUGGAGUCCUCCGACCAGCAGGGGGCGGCAGGUGGCGGCCCCCCUUCCUGGACCCAGCCCACGGACUCCCCAAAAACACAGACCCCGCAAAACGACCCCAAACCCACGCACGGCACCGGCCCCCAGUUCCCGCGGGAUCAGGACUUCCGCUUCUCCCACGGGCCCCCCAGUGAACCGGGGACCCCAGGCUACACUAGCACAGAGGCCUGGAGCCAAGGGGCCGAGCAGCCCCAGGGCAACAGCCAGAGCCAGAGCCAGAGCCAGGGCCAAGGAUCCAACAGGGCCAAAGGUCCUCCCUACUGACUCGCUGUAGACCAGUCAGUAGGGCAAAGCAGCUCCCCCUGUCUGUGGAGUGCAGAAAUGCAGGAAGGCAGCGGAAAACCGUACCUGCGUCUCGAUGGGAAUGUGUGGCAAUUAGGGUGGGUGUUGGGGAGGGGGGUGGACUGUGGAGGAGACCAGAGACCAGAGAUGUGUAUGCUUAUGCAGGAAGGUCUAUGACUGCUGAUGUCCCAAGGGAGAAUCUGCUCGAAUAAGCCCCACCCCUUGGCCCAAAAGCCAAUCGGGGGCCGCUUUGGGUCGUGGCUGUAGGCCCCGCCCAUGCCGCUGGUUUCCCAGAAGGCAUAGCGCUAAUAGAACUAGCCCCGUCGCACCACCCUCAUGGUCAGACCGCGUUGAGUGAGAUGCCCCUGGAAUGUAAUCUUCGAUUUUUUUGCACACGGAAUGAAUUUGGAGUCGCAAUUAAUUUCUUAUUUUUCCCCUCGAAAAAACAAAAAAAAAGGCAACCAUUACAAUUCCUCCCCCCCUCCCUUUACUCUUCUGCCUAGAAGGUGUUUCCACUUGUGAGUGAGCCUUACGACACCUUUGCUGGUUCCUGGUUUCCCUUGGGCGUCCGCACGUGCCUCAUAGUGGUGGAAACGGAAUGGUGGACUUACCAGAAACCGGGCGAAGGGGAGCAAAAACCCCUCGAACGGGACAGGUGGAUGGUGAGCGUUUAGAACCUCACAAACCGGGUGAACGAGGCCAUUUCUGAAGCUUUCACCCUGACUGACCUCUGACCUUGACCAUGUGCCUCUGUAGUCACCUAAGCGACCCCUGAAUGACCUUUUCCAAAGGAAAGCAUUUUUUUUUUCAUUUUUUGUUUAUUAACUUUCGUUUCUUUUUCCAGCAGUCGAAAAAUCGACUUGAUAAUUGGGUUUAAAAAAUGGAAAAAUCUCCUUUUAAUAAUUUAAACCCCAUCUUUUUGUUUUUUUUUUGUUUAGUUUAUUUGUUUCGUUUUUGUAUCGGGCCAAAACGUUGCUGCACAUGGUGGUUUGGUCUAAGCUCUACGCGUUGUGUGUCCAUUCCAUGUGUGUGUGUGUGAGACACUUUAUGGAUUUUCACCAGUUUACUGCUCCGACUAUCCUUUGCUGCAGAGGUACCUUGCUUUGUGGAAGCGGUCAUCUUUUCAGGCGGCCCAUCACCUAGAGUACAGAACCGGCAGAUUACAUCGCUGUCUCAUUUCAUGCCGUGGAUUAAUUUUCGCCGACAGCCUCAGGGCCACAAUACAGUAUUACGUAAGACCUCCCACCCUGACGCACAGAGACAGACUUUCGCUUGUCUUUCAUGUAAGCUUUCUCCGUCCCUCUACGGCUGUGAACCCCUUACUCCUCGCUCACGCGCACUCUACACAGUGAACUCAAGGUUUUGUGUGGUUAUUUUCUACUUGAAAGUACUGAAAAUGCUAACAGGUUAACGAGUAAUGUUUUUUUGUUUCGUUUUUUUUCCGCUAUAAAGGGCAGAGAAGGGGAAUCUUGGGUUACCUGUGACCGUAGAGAUAUUUUGUUACAUACAUGUUUACUUCUUUCUGUUUAUUAAAGGAAAUCUGAAGGCCA